AUGGGUCGCGCUCAGGGAAAAUUUGAAGCACUUGCGCAUGGCUUAUUUGAAGCGUCGGGAGGCCAAGAAAGUGCUUUUUGGGAUCAGCUCAACAACGAGUACUCAUCUUUUAAGAAUCAGAGCAUAUGUGGUUUCAUGGUUGACGCUACGGUGCGGCCGGAAAUGAUGUUUAUGGGAAGCCAGGCGUAUGAUGGCAUUUUAGCCAAUGGAAAUAAAGCUAGGGAAGUAGGAGACUCCACUCUUGCAAUGGCCUUGAGAAGGGCUUGUAAUGUGUGCAUUUCUUGUGCAGCUAUGAUGGUUGUCUCACUCAGCUUCUCCAUCAUCGUUGUCUGCACGUGCCUGUCCAAACUGAUUCACCUAUAUACAUACGUUGGAACUGUGCCGCACGUUGCCCUCAUACUCUUCCUGCCAUCGGUUCUAGUUCCUGACAUAGUGGUUAUAUGUCUGUCACGACUAUUCCUGUCCCGGAAAAGGACCACCAUCACCUACAUAAGCCGUUUGUUAGGCUGCACUUUCUCGCUCAUCCUGCUCGCCGCAACAGCUUUCCAUGCAACAUUCUACUACAAGACUGGCACCGAGGUUACGUGGACAAAUGCACAGAGAUAUGUUCGCGAUAAGGAUGGCAUCAGACUUUUGCUCAGUGGAUCCAAUUCCGCUAUCGUCUGUGUUAUUCUCAUUUUAGGUGUAUCGUGGUUUUCCCAGACGCGUCUGUACCAGUACGCUGGCAGGUCUCUGAACAUGAUUACGGCACCAUUGUUGCGUGCACCACAGCUCUGGAACAUGUGCAAACGCAGUCGUGGUUGUCGCAGUGUCGAGGACGCGUAUGACUACCAGAGCUUCAUCAAUUCCCAAACCGGUAACAGCCAUGGAAAGGUCUAUCUUGACCUACCGCCCCAGGCCAAUACCGGGAGCUCGCGCAGAUACCCCAAGAUUCUGGCCCUGGCCAUAUUCCUCUACUUAGCCUUGACGGCCAUUCUCCGCCCAUCCUCACCAUAUUCUCAAAUGUCGACGAGCCUACCCAUCACGAUGCUGCAGAUGAUCGGCUCGCACAGUGAUAGCCAGGCCAAUCGCUAUACUUUCAGCAGGAAUCCCUGGCCCUUUCCGCAACUCAUCCAUACGACAAACUGGGAAAAGCCGAAAGGGUACUUCAAAGGAUGGGCACCGGGUGAUAACAGCAUUCUGGCCCAGAUGUAUCGAGACCGUCUGCCGACUUGGUUACCGGAGGCACCUCCUGCUGGAUUUUGCAAAUGGCUAUCGUCAAAUCAUUCGAACCAAGCGGAUAGAGAGGUAGGGGAUGGUGGUGGCACUGGUCGUGUCUGCCACGAAACAAAGGUCGAUGGUAUGUUCUACAAUCCAGUGAACGACCCACUUCGGAUCACCAAUCAGGAUGAAGGAAUUUUGGACAUCCUUAGUGAUUCAUUUAGGAAUGGGACAGUCAAGAUCAAACACAUUGCUCUCAUCAUGCUCGAAAGCACUAGAGAGGAGCUCUUUCCCCUACAACAGGGGUCGGACAUUCACAACAUCAUCCUGGAGUCUUAUAAGGGACGAAAAGACGGAGAUGGUGUCAAUGCGCUUUUAUCCCAACUAACUCCAGUGGCGGAGAAGAUCACUGGAAAAUCUGGUUGCUGGAAGAAAACAAAUGGUUCGGAUCUCGGCAAAGUACCAAUACCAGAGUGGAAUGACACAACGCUGAAUGGUUACGGUGGCAUCAAUGUCAUUGGUGGUUCCGCUGCCGCUUCUCUUUCGUUCAAGAGCUUGGCUGCGACUCACUGUGGAGUCUGGCCUAUGCCUGUCGACAGCUUUCAAGAAUCCGAGGCGCAGAGCUACCAACCUUGCAUCUCACAAAUCCUACACCUCUUCAAUCAAAAUAAGGGGGCUAAGACGGCUUCGAACGACUUCGUGGAGCAGGAAUGGCUCACAGCCUUCUUUCAAUCUAUAACAGACAAGUAUGAUCGCCAGGACAUAUUCAACAAUGAGAUGGGUUUCAAAGAGAUCGUAGCUAAGGAUGUCUUGGAACAAAGAGCUAAGGCACGGUCCGGUUUGGAAGAAAUCAACUAUUUUGGAUACCCUGAAACAACUUUAAAGACACAUGUACGAGAGCUCAUUGAGAAAGUGCAACGGGAGAAGAAGAGAAUGUUCUUUUCCCAUUUAACUAGCACAACCCAUCACCCUUGGGGGCUACCCCGUGAUUCCAAAAAGAUCGAGUAUGUGAAUACACAAGGAAAGAUGGGAUGGCAUAGGGGCUUCAACAGCUACUUGAAUACUGUGAGGUUCCAGGAUGCAUGGCUCGGUGAGCUUCUGCAGUUAUUCGAACUACACGGCAUUGCCAACGAGACUCUUGUGGUCCUUGUCGGAGACCAUGGGCAGGCAUUCAAAGAGGAUAUCACCACCAGGACCGGAACCUACAAGAAUGGCCAUGUCAGCAACUUUCGGGUGCCCAUCACGUUCAGGCAUCCUCAUAUCCCUCGCGUGCAGUACGAAGCGAAUGCAACUUCAAUCUCCAUUCUUCCCACGAUCUUGGACUUGCUCAUUAACACCGGCUCGCUUAACCGUAAGGACAUGACCAUAGCCUCUGAUCUCCUUCACGAUUAUGAAGGACAAUCGCUCAUCCGGCCAUAUAAGAGCUCUCGGAACGGCCAUCGUGCAUGGAACUUUGGCGUCAUCAACAGCGGGGCGAGUAUGCUCUCAGUGACGUCCGCAGAUGCGCCCUGGAGGCUUGUCAUACCUCUUGACCGUGCAUCUCAGUGGAGAUUCACCGACUUGAAGAACGACCCGCUCGAGCUUGAGCCUCUUGAGAGAUGGUCAAUGGAACAGUUAGUUGGUGAUGCGAGAAACAUCUAUGGCGAGGAAGCGUCGCAAUGGCUUGUACAAGCUGAUGCUGUGGCUCAGUGGUGGGCUUCAGAACGUAAAAGGCUCUGGGGAUACAAGACUACGAAAUAG